AGUAAAUGAUCAGUGUAUAUAUCUUCAUACCAAGGUUUUACAUAAUUCUAUAGAGCUCUUACCAUCUUCAAAUUCUCAGUAUUAAUUGUCAUUAUUGUUAAGUUUACAGAGCUCUUACUCAUCUUCAUAUUCUCAGUAUUAAUUGUCAUAAUUAUUAAGUUAUUGAGCUCAAGACAUGCUCAAUUCUCAUCGCCUUCCUAAACAUUUCCUUCUCUUGAACUCCUCUCGAUCACCAAAUUUCUCAGGUGUUUCAGUCAUAACCAACAAUCUCAUCUUCUUCUUCUUCUUCUUCUUCUACUUCUUGUUAUUCUUCAGAUUGAUAUUGACAUCUCUUCUUGCUCCUUGCUCCAAAGGAUAGAGUUUCAGUUUCUUUAUUAUUUGAUCAUCAUAAUAUUCUUUUCUGUUUUAGGGUUCUUGAGUUGAUCUUUUGAGGUAUAUUUCUUAAGAGAUACACAUGGGGUUAAGUUCUAAGCAAGUUUCUAGUGAUGGGAUGGGUUGGAGCCAGGCUUUGUUGCAAACGCAAGCCUUGGAGCUCCCGAAGCCGCUGUCACUGAAGAGGCAACGCCCACAAAAUCAGCAGCAACCAGAGCCGUUGAAGUGUCCGAGGUGUGAUUCCACAAACACAAAAUUCUGUUACUACAAUAACUACAACAAAUCACAGCCUAGACACUUCUGCAAAACCUGUAAGAGGCAUUGGACUAAAGGUGGCACUCUUCGGAAUGUUCCUGUCGGCGGUGGCCGCAAGAACAAGCGUGUUAAAACGUCAAAUAACGCCACCAACACCACCACAAGCACCACCGCAGCAACAACCGCCACUGGCAACAUCAACAUUAGUGUUUAUAAUACUCAACUGGCAGUUCAACAUCAGCAGCCUAGACAGAAUCUUUCUUUUGCAAUUGGCGAUCAGAAGAACUUGUCUGAUAUGCUUUAUCAAGCGAUGCUUCAUCCUCCAUCCACGCUAUUACACCAAGAUCUUGUCAACUCAGGCAACUUCAACGUUAAAGAAAUGAGCACCAACAAUGGUGUUUUUACUGAUUCAAGAGUUUCUAUGGCGCCUCAAAAUCAAAGCUUGCACCUUCCUUACCCAAGCUCAAGUUCUUUUGACACAACACAAUCCUCAAUUUCAACCUCUCUUCAGUCCUCAAAUGUUUAUAAAUGCACAGGAGAAACCACGGAUGAUCCAACUAUGCCCACCACGAGCACCACACUCGUACAGCCAUGGGCUCAAAUAUCAACUACAAGCAGUGGAAUGGACAUGGCAAAUUACUGGAACUGGGAUGACAUUGACAAGUUUGUCUCUACUGAUCUCAACAUAUCUUGGGAUGAUUCUGAUAUCAAACCUUAAUUAACUACAUAUUAGUACUGUCUCUAGAUCUUUUUCCUUUAUGAGUUGGGUGUUUGUUUCUUCGGGUUAUUUAAUUCACUGUUACAUGAGAUGUAGACUGAUCGAAGCUGCCAUUUUUCAAAAAUUAGUUUCAGCUUCAUUUAGGUGUCUCCAGUUGUCAUCUGUGUGUGACUGUAUCUUGUUUCUUCCGAGAAAAAGGAAAAAAGAAAGAAUGUAAAAACAGGGUGGCUAGGGAGAGUUGUUUAUGUUAGAAUUGAAGUGCUAGAAUUUGGGGGAUAGUGAUAUAAUUGUGACCACAUUUCACAGGCCGGUGGGUGGCUGGGUGGCUGGGUGGUGGUAGCAGAUGUGAUGGAAGAUUCUUGUGGAUAUGUAUAUUUGUUUUUGGAUUAUCUGAAUAACAUUUUACUCUAGGGAUUUGUUUGCUCAUAA